ACCGUUUUCGUUCCCAGGGUUCCGUGAGAGCCGUUUGCCCCACCCCACCUCUUCAACGCUAUCUAUCUCAAUGUACAAUUCUCAGAGCAAAAAGGGGGCAAAAAUAAUUCAGAGUAACACCGCAAAAAGAAACGACUCUCAUCUCCCCGACCGGUUCACCGGAGCAGACCGCGGGCCUCUCUCUCUCUCUCUUUUUUUUGGGCGGCGAACGAAAUGCACGUCUCGCCGUUGGACCAGUGAUUGAAGACACCGCGGUAUGUUCAUGUAUCAUGCACAUGUAACCAUAAUCUACCAUACGGAUUCAAAGGGAGUACAAAAAGCCGAGGAGAGACCUGACAGCGGGCUGUACCUGCGCCAAACGGGAAAAUAACGGGAGGAUUUUUUCACGUUAUAUAUAUAUAUAUAUAUUUAUUUAUAUAUAUAUAUAUAAAUAUAUAUAUCACCUGGAUAUUGCGUUAUAUUCAAGGACAUCCAACUGCCAACGACCAAAAGCCAACGGUUGGUCUCACGGAGAAGCUUCCCGAUGUGAGGAGAAAUAUAAAUUAACGUUACACACAGAAAAAGGACGGAGAAAGGGCCUUUCUUAGGGGGAGAGUCUGGUCCAAACCCUCCGACAGAAAAAAGAAAAAAGAAAGAAAGCAAGCACCAGCAUCUGUUGACGAGGAGAGGAAAUAAUUUUGACAUCGGCUAAAAAAAAAAAAAAAAAAAAAAAAGCAGGAUAUUAUUGAUAAGGUUGCGAUCAUCAACGACCACCUCCAGAAAACGGUGUAUAUAAUGUGACGGAUUUUUUUUAAAUUUUAUUUUUUAUUUUUAUUUUUUAAAAGACGGUUGUGAUAGAAAAAAGAAGCCCCGGUGUUAAAAAAAAAAAAAAAAAAAGAAAAAGCCUGAUGAUUCACAUGCCGUCAUUUUAAGAGGAAAUAUUUAUUUUUUAAUUUAUUUUUUAAUUUUUUUCACCCGCCCUCUGAUGUGCUUUGGUUAGGUGGAGAACGGAUUGCAAACAACCUCCCCCCCUCCCCAAACCCCCUUAAAAUAAUAACCUUAAAAAUAUCUAUUUUUAAAGAAAGGGAGGAAAGAAAAGGAAGAAAAAAUAGGUGUUUUUUUUUUUUUUUUUGGGGGGGGCGGGGGUUGUGAGUGGAAAUGAAUUGAAUGGCAGUGUGAGAUAUCUGCCGAAGAUGGGCUCCGGAGGAGACAUUUGCUAAGAAAAUUAAAACAUAAUAGCAGUGCAAAUAUACAUAUAUUUUUUAAAGAAAAAGAUAAAAGGAAAAACCCACCUAUUAAGGAAACAGGACCACCGACGUUCAUUCAUGUACAUUGCCAAAAGGCUGGAAAUUUCACAUCCACUCUCCUAUCAAUGUUGAUGACUUCAUUGCGGAUUUACAGUGAAAAACACAAGAAUCAAGCGUCUGAGAGGGAGGCAUCGUUGCUCUGCUGCUGCUAUUUGUUUUGUUUUUUUGUUUUUUUUUUUGAGUGAUCUCUUGUUGAUACAUUGCCAGUAAAUAGCCACAUCCAGCCAUACAUACUGUGCCCAAAGCCUGGUUGAGGAGAGCCCACCGUCUACUACCUGACAAGGUUUUUAAAACAUCUGUUUCAUCUGCAUCUGGCAUCAUAAAUGUCACCCAUUUUGAGCCAGGUGUUCCUCUGCUGGGCCAGUCUAGGAAUUUAGGAUUGAUUGAUUUUCUUCUGAUCAACACCCUCCCUCCUUCCUUCCUUCCUUCCUCCCUGCCCUCCUUAACAAACCACCCACCCACCUACCUACCUACCUACCCACCCAACCAGCCACCCACCCUGCCUCCCCUCCUGAACCUAUCACUGGGUUUUUUGGGAAGAUGGGCUGUCUUGGCAAUAGUAAGACCGAAGACCAACGAAAUGAGGAGAAGGCACAGAGGGAAGCCAACAAAAAGAUAGAGAAGCAGCUCCAAAAAGACAAACAGAUAUACAGGGCGACUCACCGGCUACUACUAUUAGGGGCCGGUGAAUCUGGGAAAAGCACGAUAGUCAAACAGAUGCGAAUAUUGCACGUAAAUGGCUUCAACGCAGAGGAGAAAAAGCAGAAAAUUCACGAUAUUAAAAACAACAUUAAAGAAGCUAUAGAGACGAUUGUGGCUGCCAUGAACACACUCACACCGCCAUGCCAGUUAGCCAGUCCUGCAAACCAAUGCCGAAUCGAAUAUGUCCUGAACCAAGUAAACCAGAAGGAUUUUGAGUUUCCUUCGAGGGACCUGUUCUCCAGAAACACAGAGACUCAGAGGGAUUUCCCCCUGAGCUGCAGUCUACUCCUGGCGGCCUGGAAGGGAGCCACUGCAGGUCAUGGUCUUGCACGUGACUCACUACUCAAGGAGGAGUUUUAUGACCAUGCAAAGAUUCUCUGGCAGGACGAGGGUGUUCGGGCCUGCUGGGAAAGGUCCAACGAAUAUCAACUCAUCGACUGUGCACAGUACUUCUUAGACAGGAUUGAGGUGGUCAGGCAGAAUGACUACACACCCACUGAUCAGGACCUGUUGAGAUGCAGAGUACUGACAUCCGGGAUCUUCGAGACAAGAUUUCAAAUAGACAAAGUCAAUUUCCAUAUGUUCGAUGUUGGAGGUCAGAGGGAUGAACGUCGAAAAUGGAUCCAGUGUUUUAACGAUGUGACAGCUAUCAUCUUUGUAGUGGCGAGUAGCAGCUACAACAUGGUGAUCAGAGAAGACAAUCAGACCAACAGACUACAGGAAGCCCUCAACCUUUUCAAGAACAUUUGGAACAACAGGUGGCUACGGACCAUUUCGGUAAUCCUCUUCCUGAACAAGCAGGACCUGCUCGCUGAGAAGGUUUUGGCAGGGAAAUCUAAAAUUGAGGAGUACUUCCCGGAGUUUGCACGCUACACUACACCUGAUGAUGCAAUACCAGAGCCAGGUGAAGAUCCCCGUGUCACAAGGGCAAAGUACUUCAUUCGGGAUGAGUUUCUGAGGAUUAGCACAGCCAGCGGGGACGGACGGCAUUACUGCUACCCCCACUUCACCUGCGCAGUCGACACAGAAAACAUCCGCCGCGUCUUCAAUGACUGUCGCGACAUCAUACAGAGGAUGCACCUACGGCAGUACGAGCUCUUGUGAUUGGCAGCGGCAUCCAGUCUACUUAUCUACCUACCAACCUACCAAUCUACCCCCCACCACCACCACCCCCACGACCAGUUAGCCAAUCACCUCCUCCACUUCCACCAAUUUCACCAAACGACCGAUUGAGCGACUGACCGCCUGCCCUCCCUCCCUCCCUCCCUUCCAUCCCGAUACAACUCCCACUUCUCCCGGUAACACGAUUUCAGAAAAAUGGAACAGUGGAAAGACUUUUUUUGUUUUGUUUGUUUUUUUUAAAAAGGAAACACAGUUAAGGAUACACCAACCACAGUUUCAUCAACUAUUAGCCAGGACUGACUGCUGUACUCAGCUACACUUUGACCCAGGAUAGAGGGUCAGGACUGGAAUCCCUCAGUGCAGGCUAUCCCUCCUUUUAGCUCUCUUUCUCUCUCUCUCUCAGAUAUAUGAACACACACACACACACACACACUCGCAGGUACACACACACUACAACAUAAGACAUUGAGAAGCCUUAGAUAGGUUUUAAUGUCUCAUAUCACCGUCUCUCUAAACACACACACACACACAGACCCUUUUAAAACAAGUCCUCCUGCUUUUAAGAGUUGGCAGAGGCUGAAUUGAAUAAUGCAUUCUGAGAGAGAGUUUAUUCACCGCGUGCUGAAGACAAAGGAGGAGGAGGAGGAGGAGGGAGGAGAGGAGAACGAUGGACAUGGAGGGUGGCAAACUGAUACAGAGGAGGGCUGUGAGCCUUUUUUGUGCCCGAACAGACGCACUAAUUGAUUAACGGCUGCCUGUGGACGUGAGCGUGACUUGAACAUAAGACCACACUGCUCACAUGACCCUGCUCUUCAAGAAACGGAUCGAGGAGUGACGGCAGACAAACGACAAAAAAAGAAAAUGGAAGAAAAAAAAAACAAGAAAAAUACCAUACAAUGCAUAAAUUCAUGCAUACCAGUGAACUUCAUGCAGUGCAAAAAAUCCAAGCUAUAUAUAUAGAUAUUUAUAUAUGUGUGUAUAUAAAUAUGUAUAUAUAUAAAUAUAAAUAUUAUAUAUUCCUGUAAUAACACAAUUCAACUUUUAAGUUUUUGUUAGUUUUUACCCCAUGUUGUGUGUUUGGUGUACACUGUGUGUGUGAUCUGCCUUUGUGCACCAUUUAAACCCUCCUUCCUACACACACACACACACACACACAAACACACACAUAUAUAUAUACACGCAAACACACACACACACACACACACACACACACACACACACACACACACACACACACACACACACACACACACACACACACACACACACACACACACACACACACACACACACACACACACACACACAUAUACAUCCUCCCCCCACCCUGCCCCUGCUGCUAUUUGACAACUAUUCAACAUAUGGAAAAUAAAGGAGAGGUUUUAUUUAAUAAGGAAAAAAACAAUGCAAAAGGAAAGCAUGAAGUAAAGGAAAUGACUUAUCAAGACUGGACGCAACAUUUUUACCUGGGAAUACAAACUAACACCACACACACACACACACACACACACACACACACACACACACACACACACACACACACACACACACACACACACACACAUGCUCCAGCCCUCAUCAGUCCCCUCUCUUUCCUCACAAUGUCCUCCCCCACCCACCACCUUUCGUCUUAUUCUCUCACCUCUCCCGGUCCCACUCCCUCCCCCCCCCUUUCCGGCUUUAAGUACGUCUGUCUUUAUUUUACUGCUGGACUAUUAUUCUUGUACAGACUGUAAAAUGUAUUAUUUUGUACAACUUUAUUGAAGAAAAAAAAAUAACUUGUAGAAGAUCCCUGUGCCUUGAUCACGACUGUACGUGUAAAAAUGAGCUAAUAUGUAAGUUAUGUUUCACUGCGCUGUACAGCUGGACGGGUCUGUCCCACCUCGUCCGAGCUAGCUCACCCCUCCGCGUGGAGGCUGGCAGGGGACGGGCAUCGGAUCGGGGCGGAGGCCUUUCGUCUGUUGCUUAGUUUCCAUUUUUCCCCACCCCCCCCCCACAUUUGUUUGUUCGUUGAUUAAUUUGUUUUGCUUUUGACCCUCCUCUGGUUUAUAUGAUAGGAUUUCUAAAAAACAAAGAAGAAAAAAAAAGAUAAUCAAGACACACCACCUUAAUGCUGUGUAGUGAAAGAUACUGAACCCUAACACGAUUUAAUAUAUAUAAAAUAUAUUUCAGAUUUUAUAUUUUAUAUAUAUGUACUGUACACUUAUAUCUAUGUCCCUUGUGAGCUGACCCCCAGGUUUCCUUUUGCUUUCUGUCCGUAACACCUGCAUACAUUUUCAGAAGGUGGCGAUUCUGGGUGCAACGGGAUGGGUAUUCAUUUCUUUUCUUUUUUAUUUUAGCUUUAACUCUUUUGAAGGAGAGGGAAAUAUCCAGUUGCAAAACAUUGCUUGUUUCUACAUAAACCAAAUUCUUUUUGCUUAAACAAGAAGAAAUGGUUGUAUUAGUGUUUGGUUCAUUCCACUAGCUCCUCUCACUACGAGGUCCACAUCACACGCUCUCAGUUGUCUUAUUAUUAGUUACAUCUAUCUAACGGGCAGCCUGAUAAUGACACUUCCUGCAAUGAAUCCUACCUUCAUGAGGGUUAUAUGUUCUGUGAGAGGUGUUAUUAGACACAAAAUAUAAACAUGAGACUCUCCUUUCUGUAAAAUAAUACAAUUAAUAAUGAUAAAGUUGAUUUAUAUUGUAUGUGGAUUGUAGAUUACAAAGUACUUUACACGGGGAAAAAGGAGAAAACACACAUACAAAGUCAUACAAAUACAAGUAGACUGUAAAAAUGGAGCUCAAUUAAUACAAGUAAACAUGUUAUAUAUGAAUUAUGUAAAUUCAUAAACAAAUCUGCAUACAUAAACACAUGUAAGCAAAUACCCACAUUAAAUAAACUAAUAGAAGAAAGUGAUUUAAAAGAUGUUCAACAGCUCCACAAACCUCAAAAAUCAUUAUAAUCUUCAUGAAAGGAGGAUUUAUUGCCGCCCUGUUGUAUUCGACUGCAUUAGUUGUAGCUACACGUACCUAUAAACUGACAACUGAGUGUAAGUUAAUCUGUGUUUCUGAAACCCGUCACUCUUGAGGAAUAUCACUGUUUCACCUUAAAAACGUGCCAAUGUCAUAACUCA